AUGAACUGGGUUGCAUGGGAUAAAACAAUUGCUCCUGUUGAAUUUGGGGGACUUGGUUUUGGCUCUCUUAGGGAUGCUAAUUUAGCAAUGUUAGCAAAAUGGUGGUGGGGGUUUAAAACAGAAAAAGAAGGCUUAUGGAGGAAAGUUAUAUGGGCUAUUCAUCAUAAUCCAAGAGCAUGGAGCGAUAUCCCCGUUAAAAUUUCGGUCCCAGGUCCUUGGAAGAGUAUAAUUAGCAUUCGGCAGGCCUUUCUUCUCGCUGAUAUCGAUUUGAACCGGGCUGUGAAAGCUUCAGUUUCUAAUGGUAACCGUAUCUCUUUUUGGCUGGAUUGCUGGUUGGAACCGGACCCUCUGUAUAUUCGUUUCCCAGAAUUAUUUAAGUUGGAAAAAGAAAAAGAAUGUGUGGUGGCUGAUCGGGUUGGAGAUGGAAGUUUUGGAAGUAGUUUUCAACUUAAUUGGAACUGGUCUUGCUCACAAUUUAAUACCGUAGAGUCGGAUCAGUUACAACAGUUGAUAUCCCUUCUUGGCUGUGUUAAUCUCCGGGUUGGACGCGAUUACUGGCACUGGAAUUAUGACCCAUCAGGCUGUUUUUCAGUCUCGGGUCUGAAAAGUCUCCUCGGUUCAGCGAAUAGGGAGCGGCCUAACAGAGUGUUUGAGUGGAAUAAUCGGGUUCCUAAAAAGGUGGCUAUCAUGGCAUGGAGAUCAGAAAUGGAAAAGUUACCGACCAAGUGUGCCCUUUCGGCUCGCAACAUUCCUGUACAAGACCUGAGGUGUUUAUUAUGUAAUGAAUAUGACGAGUCAAGUGAGCAUUUAUUUGUUUCAUGUCAUUUUGCGCAAAUAAUUUGGCAAAAUAUCGCAUCUUGGUGUAAAAUACCUCCGAUCAUCGCCUUUGAUGUUAAAGAUCUGUUGGAUUUGCAUGGUUAUAGUUCGGUUUCAAAGAAAAGGAAAAAAGCUAUUCAUGCGAUAGUAUUAGUCACGUUUUGGGGAAUAUGGAGAAUGAGGAAUGAGGUUACAUUCAGGCAAGGAUCCCCGAAUACCGUUAAGGUCUUGGAGGAAAUUAAAGCAAUGGCGUACUUAUGGGUAAAAAACAGAUCAAAGGAGGCGCAGUUGUCAUGGGAUGAUUGGUGUCGUUUUAAAUGUUUUGGUUAA